AUUGCCAUAUUGAUACCUCUAGAAGUGCGACGUGUUAAAAUUGUACACUUUUUCAACAAGUUGAUUGUAUGUGCUGUUGGGCAAUAUUUUCAAGUUGUUAUUGCAUUUUUACAUGCGCUGUGCUAAUCUGGGGAUGACGAGAGGGGAAAUUACAAACACGGAUUGAAUUUGAUCAGAUGUCAUUUACCAAGAUGGCCUCGCUAUUUAGUCGUCAGUAUGGCCAAAUGUUGAAAGGACAUGUCAUGAAUAACGUAUCAGCUUGUGUUGCAAAUAUUUCACUGAUGAACCAAAUAAACUACAAGAAAAUUUUACUCUGUCACCCAGUGUCAUGCCAUACAGAUAGCUUGUCAUAUAAGCAGUCGGAGUCUAGGUAUUCAGCAACGAAAUUUCAUAAACCAUUGACAACCAAUGAAGCAGUUCUUCUAAAAGAAAUAGAAUCUAAUGGCGAUAUUGAUUCGUUGUUUGCUCUUCUAAGAACCAAACGCUCAUGGUUGACAACAGCACACAUUGGAGCUGCAAUGAUAAAUCUGUUAGGCCAGCAAAAGUUGAUUGUUGAUGAGCAUGUGGAUCAAACACGAAACUAUGUCAGAUUACAUCCAGAAUUUAAUGGACUCUGUAUCUUAGCAGAAAAUAAAGUACGAGACAUGGAUAAUAGUACACUUGUUAAUACCCUCUAUGCACUGCUGAAAUUUAUGUCUGAUCGGCCACACUCGCUGGUGACAGAAAUGAUCUGUGAAGUGGAUAGACGACUUAGUACAUUUACGAUUAAUGAGCUUGCUAUCUUUGCAGCUUGUUCACAAGAUACUCUUGACCCAAAAAGUGUCUUACUUGGUAAAGUUACGGAAUGCUUCCACAUAUUUAUACAAGAAGAACCAAUGGAUGUAAGGGAUGCUGCUACAAUUUUGCGUGCUACUGUUGGAGUAACGUCGUACAAAUUUCGCAAACAAAUUUAUAAACGACUUUUAAACUUGUUUGUUGAACACCAGAAUGAAAUCUCUACUAAUGAUUUGCGAAAAAUCCUACAAAGUAUCUCGAUAUCUGGUGAAAGACCGAAACAGUUAUUACAAGAAUGCUGUUCGCUACUGCAGCUGCGUUUAAAGUCAUUAUCUAUCUGGGAAUUGUCAACGAUUUAUCAUAGUUUAGACGGGUUCUAUGAUGAAAACCUUCAAAAUGAUAUUGUUGAACAGAUGGAAAAUAAACUCCCUGCUUGCAAGAAUGCUUCAGAACUUAUCAAUGUCAUAACAGUGUUAGCACCAACUGCUUCCCCACAGUUGAAGUUCCAACUCGAAGAGUUAGCAAAUGCUGCCCUUCCUAAGGCAUCAAUUUUUGAUCUUGGAAAUUUGUGUGUUGCUCUGCGACUGAUGGGCUUCCGUGUCCCUAGCCAUCUAAUUUCCAGUAUUGCUGAUAAAUUUGAAAAGAAUUCUGAUCAUGUUCAAUUCACAACUUUACUGAAAGUUGUUGAGUUCUUCCAGAAUACACGCCUUCCCCUUGAUGACCCCUUUUUCAAAUUUCUAGAGAUCAAAGUAUUGAGUUUCUACCAAACAGCCAUUUCACCCCUGCGAAUGUUAGGAAUCACUUACCUCCUCUCUUUACUGCCAAUCAAAAAUCUGGAUCCUGACAUCAUUACCAGGCUUGACAAGAUGAUUCACCAGUACAAUGUGGCCUCUAUUAACCAGUUGUUUUUAGCUCUUACUCGAAUCAGUAAAAAACUGGAUAAAAGUAUUAAUGAUAAUAUUGGUAUCAGCAACCUCUUACAAAAAUCAAACAUGCAAGCAGUUGAGAAGAUCAGUGAUGUCACAAGUGUGGUUUAUCUUAACAACAUGAUUCACCACAUGCUGGAUGAAGGUUAUAACAGUAAUAGUCUGCUAAUUUCCACAGUCAUGGAACAUUAUUCAAAAUGUCUUCAUAGGCUUACACCUCAGCUGGCAGUGGAAUGUUCAAGAAGUGUCAUCAAGACUCGAUUCCUUCAAAUUAAACUUCUGGAUGCUAUUGCUGAUAUCACAUCAAAGAGCAUGUUCAAAGUGUCACCAAGAGAGGUUCUAUCACUUCUUUCUCCAUAUUGCAUUUUAAACUAUCGCCCACAGAACACACCAGACUUUUUUAAUAUCUGUUUGAGAAGAUUCAUCCCAUUUAUGGAUCAUGUACCUUCAAUAUUCCUCUUGGAUAUAGCAUACUUGCUGUCUUUGGUGGAGAUAUUUCCUGAGGAUUUGCUGAAGAAACUAUUCAAUCUGCAAGUACUCAUCAAACUUGAAGAAGAAGUUGAAGCAAGACCAAAAAGAAUUAUGUAUCGUCAGCGUCUCAUGCAGUUAAAUAGAGCAUUAGUGAUAGAAUGCAGCCAUCUUCAGGUCCCAUGGUUUCAUGAAGACUACUGUUUAGAGAUACUUAAAGCAAGAAGAAUGCAUUUUCCAAAGGUGUUGAAAUCACUGCAGAGCUGUCUAAGUGUAAUUCUUGGAGGCCCACAAUUUUUCCGUUCAUUCGUUCUUUCACCAUAUUUUUAUGAAAUUGAUUUUGAAUGCAUACUUGAUGGCAGUGGGAAUCCAUUGCCUUGUGCAGACUAUGGCAGUGUGUUAAACAGGUCUGGACAAGUCACCAGUAAUGUGUUGUCAGACUUGAUGCAGUGGGGUACACAAACUAAACAACUUCCAGAGGGUGCCCAAAGAAUUGCAAUUGAUUUUCUAUCAAAAUCUCAGUUCUGUCUUAACUCUCGUCACCCAACUAGUAUGGUUGCUGUCAAGAAGCGCCACCUUGAGUCUAUGGGCUACAAGUAUAUACAGAUUCCCCAUUAUGUUUGGGACUCACUGACAUUGUCUGAACAUGAUGAUGAGGUGAGUUAUCUACGAGACUUGAUCUUCAACAAGGAUUCAACCUUGAGCCCAGUAGCACAGAGACAUUCACAACUGGUCGAACGUGACCAACAUGGCAGUGUUUCCAAAGGCAGUGUAGAAGAAGAAGCUGUAAUCAUAAAACUCUUGCAUUUACUUGAUAGAGUGAGUUAGUGGAUGCUAGUGGACAAUUCAUUUCCAUUCUACGUGUUGGUUUCUACCAAUACAUUUGAUUCUUAAUAAUAAUAAUAAA